AUGGCGAUAUCUGGAACCACUUCGGCUCUUAUUGCCGCCUUCGCAUUUGGCAUCGUUGUCAACGCGGCGUCGGCAUCCCUCUUCCUCAACGUCAGGGGCCAUGGCUCGUCGAUCUUUCGAGACGGCAAGAGGCUGGUCCUCGCUACAUUUCUAUUCAGUACCGCCUUAUGGGCACAAGUUGGCUUCAUUACUACUCUAAUAGACCCGGCCGCCGAGGGUUCGUGUCAGAUUGCCAUCGUCUUCACCACUAUAUUCGACCAACUCGCUCGAUACUCCAUUGAACAACACCUACUUUGGGUCAUCAAUGAUGGGACCCAAGCGUCGGCGGGUCAGAUCAUCCCGCAAGGUUUACUGGGCAUUCGCUUCGUCCUGGGGGCCGUUUUUGUCGGACUGUCGAGACCGCAAUUCAACACCGUUUGUGUGCCGGUUUCAUCUGUGCUCGCCUUUGCCGUCACAUUGGUAGUGGUGGAUGGGGUGAUUGUCGCGAUUCUGGCCGGCCGGGCCAUUUCUGUUGGGCUGAUCAAGAAAAUGCAAGACGGCGGCCAAGACUCGGCCCGGAGCAAGGCUAUCAUUGCGUCGCUCAUUGGUCUAACAAUAUGGAUGGCGACAAGUGUAGCAAUGUUGCUGGGCAUAUCCACCACGGAUUACAUAUUCAGAAGCACCGUCCCUGCGGGCGGCCUUACGAUUUUGCUCAUUAUUGUAACUGCGAGUAUGGGCGCGUUCGGAGACCAGAAGCCAAGGAAUAGAGACAGGAAUGUACCAGAAGCACCAUCACCAAGACAGAUUGUCACUGCACGAUCGAUUUCAACUUCAGCCUCCAACGAAUACCCGCCGAGCCGAUACGAGGAUCUCAAGGCCGAGCAGAUCAAUUCUAGUACCGCAUUUGUCCAGCCUAGACAGGUACCGUUUCCGAACCAAGGGUUGCCGAGCAUUGCGAACCCCGGUGUGAUGGGACAGGGAGUGGGCGGAGUUCCAAUCCAGGGGCAAUUGUUCCCUCCGAUGCGGGCGGCCACGGCACCUAUCAACCCUCCCGAUGAACGGCAGCAAGUGAAGCCACAAAACAAGCCUAAAACGCUGUUUUCCAGCAACGGUGCAGGCCCAGCGAAGGCAAUCACUGUUGGAAAGUUGGCCAUAUCGGCCCCUGUGCUUCAGGAAGGUGGAUCAAAUCCCUUGGACAAGGUGGCUACAACCGACCUCGACACAGCGGCACGGAAGGAGAGAGAGAGAAGGGCGCUUCUCGCGAGUCAGACCCAAGGCUCUUCGGCGGUUCGCAAUGAGGCUGCAGCUGCGGCAAUAGACCCCACACAGGGCGUUAUGCGAGCCACGAGUACCGUUCGCAAGGAAGUGGUCGGUCGGGCGUCCCUGUCUGCUUUGCCUGACAGUGCCACGCCGGCAACAGGUGUCACAACGGGCUCUCAGCUAUCACCCGGGGGCGAGGAGCUCCGGAGAAGGUCGCCGCGACAUGCGCCGUCGGCCUCGCAGGCUUCAGCACAAUCGGACGCAAGCUCGUCGACCAGCCUACCACCUCCUCCACCACAAAAGUCAGCGGCUCGGGCUUUGCCCAAGAAUCAAGAUGUCAUUGUCAAAACAAAUAUACCCCCAUCUCGACAAUUACCUCCUUCGCCUGAACCAGUAAUCCCUGAGCCAGCGAAGACGCCACUGCAGAGACGACCAACGAACGGCCUCCCUGGAAACCCAAGAGCGAUGUCUGUAAGGAGGCCGCAGGGUGAGUCUGCGCCUCAGAGGCAACAGACUGUCAUGUUUGUCAAUAACAUCAUUUAUGACGACCCAAAUUUAGUCGAAAGUGUCAUGGGAGAUGCUAAGCAGCGAGGACCAAAGGCGGCUGUCCCGCCGCCUAUUAACACGGCAUCUGCGACGAGCCCAACAACGCCAGUGAUUCCAGAAACACCUGGCACUUCAGGAUCGAUUGUACAUCGCCCGAGACCAAUCCCAAGAAGGAGCAAUACGUCUGGCAUGGAUACGUACUUCCCACCAAUCGCGCCGCCGAAGGGCCACAGGAAAUCGAAGUCAGCCGGGUCCAUACGCACCGUGAAAUCCAUGCUGCAGACUGUGCCGGGCAGCCCGUCAAAUCUUCCUCCCCUACCUUCACCUCCCACCCAACAAAUUCCAACCUACGCUACUCGGCCCAAGCCUAAUAAUACGAAGAGCAUGACGUAUGAUGAGAAAAUGACUUUACUCUUCCCACAACCACCGAACGCAGAGGGAAGUGCACGGAGAAGAUCAUCAGUACCAUCGCUACCUGGGAUGCCUGCGUCGUUCAUAAGCAGUUCACCGACACUGACGGAUAAUCUCGGCUAUGACAACCAAUAUCGAGAGUCCAAGAGAACCACGACAUCGGUGCAGACGAGGAGCCUUUUUGACGAGCCAGAGGAAGCAUCGCAACGGGAAUUGUCCAUGGAGGCGAGCCGUGAGCGACCAAAUGCUACGGCGUACCAAAGUCUUCUGUCAGAGACUGGUCAAGAUAUCAUGGCCGACGAGUAUCCUGCGAAUGAGAAAAAGCAGUCUGUGGCAACGACAGGAGCUGGCAAGCGAGCAUCGUCACCGGUUCUACCCGCCCGAUUCAGCGUCAAGUCAGCGUCAACGACAAAUGACACAACCACGGACGACGCAAUUACGGAGUGGGGUACAGUCCACUCUCCGGCCCCUGUACAGCAGAUAGGCUUGACAGUUCACCAAGCCCGGGCCAUCGAGGUUGGGAAAGUCCCUAGUCAAGAUCAGAGGGCCGUGUCAGCAAUGACCAACAGCGAGGAGAUGAUUUUUAUGUUGGACACGUCUGUAGCGCGGGAUUUGCAACCAAAUAGCAAAACGCCUUCAAACGCGGAUGAGGAGAGUCCGGUAGCAUCAAGAGCGUCUUCUGGUCAAUUUUACCGGCGAGUUGGAGACGAGACCCUCAGUUUCUCUUCGCGGCCCGAGAGGACCCGGUCGAGGAGAGGUCCACCGCCGGUCCCUCUGGUACUGAGCGACCGCCCAACGACAGCUAAGCAAGCGAUUCUGGUCAAAGCUGCUGAGCCAUCGCCUCUACCGUCUCCCGAAGAGGCCCUUUUGAUGAUCCAGGCACAGUUGAAGAAGUAUGAGCAGCCUGACCCAGGCGCGAUUGAGAGCCCGGGACAAGGCCGACUCGCGCUUUUGAACGAUUUGGAGGCAGAGAUGGGCCAGCAGGAGACGAGGUGGCAUGGUAUGCAGCACGACCUUUCUCGAGACUCAUUCUCCACAGUCUCGCCAACCACGCUGUCCCGUCGCGCUUCUGAACUUGGUGCGACAUCACCGGCAGAGGCUCUUUCCAGGAACUCUUCCACGAAAUCGAAGGAGAGUAUCGCUGCAGACCGGAGAGCAUCACGUCGGGCACGUAUGGGUAGCAUAUCAUCUACCAGGUCUUCGUCGCAUGAAAGGGAUGACAGCAGGAAUCGCGCGAGCCUUUGGCAGAGGAGGCUGGCAGAAGCACAGAUGGAGUACAUGGAGAACGCGAACGAACUCAUUCGCAAGCGCAGCUUGAAUUUCCUCUCCGUGGCCAAAGCCAACGCCAACUUAGGCAGCCCGACGCCCCCAGACUCGGAUGAGUCUGAAGGAGAGAUCGAAUCCAGGCGGAAUCUGGCGGCUCUGCUCGAGGCCCGUGCCAAAUAUGAAGCAGCCGAGAUGGAGCGGUCUACAAGGGAACCGCAGCUUCUCUGGACACCUCGCCAGGAGCCACAGAAUGAGAGCGGGCUGAUGUGGGUUCGGCCACAACGGCCGUAUGAGCAGCAUUUACCCCGCCAGGAGCCGCCUUUGCCAGGACUCUCAGUGCGUCCUGCACAAAGGAAAGAGAAUUCAACGCUGUCCAUUGAGACCACCCAGCUGUGGCAGCAGCCGACUUCGGUUAACAAUUCUGGACUCUCUGGCCUUUGGAAGUCUCCAGCUGAGGUCCAGGCACUCGAACAGGCUGCACAAAAGACGCCUACUUCCAGGCGCCAGGCUCCCAGUUACUAUAAUCCCGGCAUCCAGCGCUCCCGGAGCGCGUCCGGAUCUCGCCCGUUGACGCAACGGCCACCGCGGCGAAGCAAGCGGAUCACAGCACUGCCCGACAUAGUUGAGGAUCCUCAGCCACUCCCAGACAAGCGAGGAACUCUUGGCAUCUUCCAAUUCCCUUGGGGGGAGAAGUCUGAUGUGGCUUCCGUACAACCUCGCCCGCCACUUUUCAUGGCCAUGCCCGGCACAAUGUCUACCGGUGGCAGGAAUGUCAAUAGUGCCCUAGACGCGAGGGCCAGGCAAAUCGAAUCUGACGAGUACUCUUCAUCUUUCUUUGAUGAUUAUGAUGAAGACCGAAGCGACUCCUCGAGCGACAUGGGAUCCGAGAGUGACGAUGGGUUCGACGAGUCCACGUUGUGGGAAAUUGCGAGCUUGCUCAAGACUGACCAAAUCCCAUCUACCAAUAGCAUGUUCCCACCGCCGGAGGACGCUACAAGUUAUAUGGUUGGUGAGUAUGCGGACGAGGAGGAGGCUGAUCGAAUUGCCCGCCAAACCAUUCUUGUUGGUAUUGAAGAGCCUGAUGGUCUCCAAGAGAUGCCAUCUCCAGCCCCCCCGCCGAAGUCGCCUAUGAGGACACAGUCGACUCUCUGGCAGGCCACGCGGGGUACGGAGCAUGCACUAUCUGCAAAGGGUCUCCCUCAGCCCGAAGACUGGCUCAACUAUGAUGCGCCGACGGAAACUUCCCGUGCGAAGCCUCGGAUGCCUGUGCAACCUGCGCUGAUCGAGAGUGACAACCUCUGGAUCCCAUCCCAGACUGAGACUGGAGAAUCAAAGUCCCCAAUGUGGUCGCUACCGAGCAGCGCGGAUUCAUCUCACCCCGUCUCGCCGAAGGAAGCAAUGCAAGUUUCCGUGGCGCGGGGGCUGUCAUCUGAACUUCCUGGCCUGAGGGAGCUAUCGCGGGCCGUUUCGAAGACAGACUCACUGUGGAAGGUGGAGGAACAAGCUCAGAAAGGCGAACAUGGCGUUGGCCUACCACACCCGGAUAAUUGGCACGCACUCGACAACAUCAAGUCAACUGUCCGCGCGAAGCCCCGUCAAUCUGAGCUUGCCGCCGUUGAAAGCAGCAAUUUGUGGCAGACGUCUCCCGAAACUGGUCGCACCAAAAAUUGGCUAGAAGCUCCAACACCGAUUGCGAAUAGCAAGCCUCUUUGGAAAGCGGAGGAGAGACCGAAGCGAGGCGAGCACGACGCCGGGCUUCCUCAUCCUGACAAUUGGGAAGAGUACGAUGGUGCGAAGUCGACUAUCCGGUCCAAGCCACGACAGUCCGGUCCCGCCAUCAUUGAGAGCGUCAACUUGUGGCAAGCUUCUUCGGUCGAGAUGCCUGGGCCGAGGAACUGGUUGGAGGUACCGCGAGCAAUGGCGACUAGCUCGCGCCUAUGGCAGAUGACCGCACGCCCUAAGAGAGGUGACCACUCUGUCGGUCUGCCUCAUCCUGAAAGCUGGGAUAGCUACAACGAAGUCACGACGACGGUUCGGGCAAAGCCUCGGCAAGCCGGACCCGCCACCAUUGAGAGCUUCGAAAUGUGGCAAGCCUCUUCAGUUGAGAAGUCUGGGCCGAGGAACUGGUUGAAGCUGCCAAGCCAGCGUCUGUGGCAGGUGACCGCACGACCCAAGAGAGGUGACCACGCCGUCGGUCUGCCUCAACCUCAAACAUGGGAAAAGUAUGAUGGUGUCAAGACAACUGUUCGAGCGAAGCCUCGGCAGUCCGAGCCCGCUGUGAUUGAAAGCGUCGACCUUUGGCAAGCUCCCUCACCAGAAGUAGCUACCUCGCCGUCCAAGAUGUGGGCACCGAGGAUCCAAUCAGCUCCUGUGACGCGAGCGCCAUCCCCCAUAGUGGAAGCCUUCAACCAGGCCGAGACAACCAAGAUGCUCUGGUCAGCGCCAGUUUCACCUAAGCUGCUGGCUGAUUCUGGACUGUUCAACCCCUACGCCAGUCGUUCAGACUUCAGGACAUCUUCUCAGGCUCCUGCCGCCGUUGAAAUGAACCGCAAGUCCCGACCAGCGGAUAGGAGGCCGGUCGAUCGGUUGACCUCGACGACUCUCUGGGUAGCUGAGGCUACCCCUCAGAUCGAGCGUAAUUGGAUAUCACCGAUGCCCAGCCCCAAGAGCAAGGCCUCCAGAAUCCCAGCUCCCACAAUGAAGUCAGCUGCUCCGGCUAGAAAACACUAUGGACCAAUUGUUGCUGCCUCGAAAAUGGAUUGGGAUGCAGCUCUCGACCAGGCAGUUGCUGCAAGUUAUCCUGCUCCAUCCAAGUCGAGCCGCAGGACCACUGUCCAGGCGAGUGCUGCGGACUGGGACGCUGCUCUGGCUGAAGCUAUCUCAAAAAGCUACAGGAAGUCAUUCGAUGUGUCGAGGCGCCAUCCCGUAUUUGCCGCAUCAUCUUUGGCCUCGAAAGCUAUGGUGACACACCCUGCCGCCACUGGCUACACAUAUGAUACUGCUUUUGUGCACCCAGUCUUCUUCGGUUCAGGCAUUUUCACUUGUCCCGAAGACAAUAUUCACCCAGCUGUGGCCCGGUCAUGGUCCUCAUCUCAUGAUGAAUCGAUCAGAGAAAGGGAUGUCAAUCAAGCAGCGAUCGAAGAAGAAGAGUACUACGGAGAGCAGAGGCAGAUGGACCCAGCAUUGCUUGCGCGAAUCGAGGCACUUGAACAGGAGCGUCAAUUUGCGGAGCAAUGGGCAAGAGACUCUUUUGCGCCUGUCGAUUUCAACCCUGAAACACCACUUCCUCCAGUGGUAACCGCAGAGGAGAGGGCACCGCAGGUUCCUGAGCAGUCCUUUGACUUUCAGUUCGAGCCCGUCGACGUUACCCCCGGCGUCCCACUCGCUCCUUUGUCGAUGUCGCACAUUGCCCAAGAGCCAGCCGCGGCACACGAAGGCACCGUUCUGGAGUCACCCGCGGUUCAGCGUCUGAAGCGCUCGGAAACGUUCCAAUCUGUAUCUGAGAUGAGCGAGGCCGAGUCGAGGGUCACUCUCAGGGAUAGUCUCGUGAGUGUGGAUACUCCCACGGAGAUGAAGCCUGCGGGGUCCAGGAUCGAAUUCAUCUACUAA